GGGCUGAAUGGCCUAAUGAGCGCCAAUGUCUUGUGUUAUCCGAGUGGAUGGGACUCUGGUUACAGUUACACCCUGUUAUUAGUUACACAGGAAGUUGGAGCGGUUUGGUGUGGCGGGGAGAGGUCGCUGCCCGGUGUUCGGCGAAAGGAAUUCGCCGAGUUUCUCCGCGUCGCCAGGGCCGGGAGGGAACUGUUUACAGAUCGCUGCCGCAGGAGCAUGGCUGCUCUUCACCGAGCUUCACUGUUGUGUGGACCUGGUCUGCAGACCUUGCGUGCAGGAUGUCAGCCACUGCACACGUCGACAGCUUGUGUCUCCAAUGGCUACUACGAUGUGCUGGUGCUCGGCGGUGGGACAGGCGGGAUCACCAUGAGUGCACGGAUGAGGAGGAAGUUUGGAGCUGGAAAAGUUGCCGUCGUCGAGCCGAAUGAAAAUCAUUACUACCAGCCCAUGUGGACUCUGGUAGGGGCUGGAGCAAAGCCUCUGAGGGCAUCGGGACAUCCCACAGCCAGCACCAUCCCUUCAGGAGUCACCUGGAUCAAGUCCAGAGUUCAAGAACUGCAUCCAGAAAAGAGUCUUGUCUGUACCGACGAUGGGAGAGAGCUCACCUACAGGUACCUGAUCGUCGCCUUGGGGCUGCAGCUGCACUAUGACCAGAUUAAGGGGCUUCCUGAAGGAUUUAACUGCCCAAAAAUUGGUUCCAAUUACUCGGUGGACUACGUCGAGAAGACCUGGAAGGCAUUACAAGGCUUUGAAGAGGGAAAUGCCAUCUUCACCUUCCCCAACACUCCAGUCAAGUGUGCCGGUGCUCCACAGAAGAUCAUGUACCUGUCUGAGCAUUAUCUCCGCAAGGUUGGAAAGCGAUCUAAGGCAAAUAUUAUCUACAAUACCUCUCUGCCAGUCAUUUUUGGAGUGAAGAAGUAUGCAGAAGUGCUUCUGGAAAUAGUUAAAGAGAGGAAUAUAACCGUGAAUUACAGGAUGAAUCUGACUGAAGUUCACCCGGACCGACAGGAGGCCGUGUUUGAACUUUUGGAUUGUCCAGGGGAGACCAGGACCUUCCAGUACGAAAUGUUGCACGUCAGCCCUCCAAUGAGUGCCCCGGAUGUUCUGCGCAACAGCAGUCUGGCUGACUCUGCUGGCUGGCUCGAUGUUGACAAAGACAACCUCCAGCACAAGGAGUACCCAAAUGUGUUUGGUAUCGGGGACUGCACCAACCUGCCCACGUCCAAGACCGCUGCAGCUGUGGCCGCCCAGUCUGUGGUCCUCAGUGCCACCAUCGCCAGGGUGAUGAAGAACCAGAAACCAAAGAGCAAGUACGACGGCUACACGUCCUGCCCAUUGGUGACUAGCUACAACAAGUGUGUACUGGCAGAGUUUGAUUACGAUGGGCAGCCACUCGAGACCUUCCCGUUCGACCAAGGCAAGGAGCGCAGGACCAUGUUCCACAUGAAGGCUGACAUCAUGCCCCCUCUCUACUGGCACGCUCUCCUCAAGGGAUGGUGGGGCGGGCCAGCACCGCUCAGAAAGCUGCUGCACCUUGGCUUCAAGUAGCCAGACAUAGUGAAGACCAACACUGAAACAUCGAUUUGUCUCACCUUCUGAUAUUGACAUUAGCAACAAUCCAGAAGUGUUACUGGAAGCUACUGUACCUCUGGCGUUACUGCAAAGAUCAUGUAUACUCUCAGCGGAGGAACGAAUACCCAACCCGUUUGCCUUCACUGACCACCCAUGUCUUCCAUGCCACUGCCCAGACUGGGCCUAGGGAAAUGAGGCUUCCAUCAUGGCUGAGAAACUGCCUCCCCCCCUCCCCAAUCCUAGUACCAGCUCCCGUGAGGCUUGGAACUGUCUCCCACAUUCCCAGAACCAACUCCUGUCACGGGUCAGAACCCGAUUCCCCCAUUCCCAGUACCAACUCCCGUAACUGGUCAGAACCCAUCUCCCACAUUCCCAGUACCAACUCCCGUGAGGUUCGAACUGUCUCCCCCAUUCCCAGUACCAACUCCCGUCACAGGUCAGAACCCAACUCCCCCAUUCCCAGUACCAACUCCCGUGAGGUUCAAACUGUCUCCCACAUUCCCAGUACCAAAUCCCGUAAUGGGUCAGAAUCCGUCUCCCACAUUUCCAGCACCAGCUCCCAUGAGGUUCGAACUGUCUCCCACAUUCCCAGUACCAACUCCCGUGAGGUUCAAACUGUCUCUCACAUUCCCAGUACCAAAUCCCGUAAUGGGUCAGAAUCCGUCUCCCACAUUUCCAGCACCAGCUCCCAUGAGGUUCGAACUGUCUCCCACAUUCCCAGUACCAGCUCCCAUGAGGUUCGAACUGUCUCCCACAUUUCCAGCACCAGCUCCCAUGAGGUUCGAACUGUCUCCCCCAUUCCCAGUACCAACUCCCGUCAGGCUUGGAACUGUCUCUCCGAUUCCCAGUACCAACUCCCAUGAGGCUUGGAACUGUUUCCCACAUUCCCAGUACCAACUCCCGUCAUAGAUCAGAACCCGUCUCCCCCAUUCCCAGUACCGACUCCCGUCACAGGUCAAAACCCAUCUCCCACAUUCCCAGUACCAACUCCCGUGAGUUUCGAACGGUCUCCCCCAUUCCCAGUACCAACUCCCGUCAGGCUCAGAACACGUCUCCCACAUUCCCAGUACCAGCUCCCAUGAGGCUUGGAACUGUCUCCCACAUUCCCAGUACCAGCUCCCAUGAGGCUUGGAACUGUCUCCCCAAUCCCAGUACCAGCUCCCGUAACAGGUCAGAACCCAUCUCCCCCAUUCCCAGUACCAACUCCCGUCACAGGUCAGAACCCGUUUCCCCCAUUCCCAGUACCAAUUCCCGUCACAGGUCAGAACCCGUCUCCCCCAUUCCCAGUACCAACCCGUCACAGGUCAGAACCCGUCUCCCCCAUUCCCAGUACCAACUCCCGUCAGGCUCGGAACCCGUCUCCCCCAUUCCCAGUACCAACUCCCGUAACAGGUCAGAACCCGUCUCCCCCAUUCCCAGUACCAACUCCCGUCACAGGUCAGAACCCGUCUCCCCCAUUCCCAGUACCAACUCCCGUAACAGGUCAGAACCCGUCUCCCCCAUUCCCAGUAACAACUCCCGUCACAGGACAGAACCCGUCUCCCCCAUUCCCAGUACCAACUCCCGUCACAGGUCAGAACCCGUCUCCCCCAUUCCCAGUACCAGCUCCCGUGAGGUUCGAACUGUCUCCCCCAUUCCCAGUACCAACUCCCGUCACAGGUCAGAACCCGUCUCCCCCAUUCCCAGUACCAGCUCCCGACAGGCUUGGAACACAUCUCCCCCAUUACCAAUACAGACUCCAGUCACAGGUCAGCCCGUCUCCCCCAUUCCCAGUACCAACUCCCGUCACAGGUCAGAACCCGUCUCCCACAUUUCCAGUACCAACUCCCUUGAGGUUCGAACUGUCUCCCGCAUUCCCAGUACCAACUCCCGUCACGGGUCAGAAUCUGUCUCCCACAUUCCCAGUACCAACUCCCAACAGGCUUGGAACUGUCUCCCCCAUUCCCAGUACUAACUCCAGUGAGGCUCGGAACCCGUCUCCCACAUUCCCAGUACCAACUCCCGUCAUUGGUCAGAAUCCUUCUCCCACAUUUCCAGUACCAACUCCCGUCAUUGGUCAGAAUCCUUCUCCCACAUUUCCAGUACCAACUCCCGUCAUUGGUCAGAAUCCUUCUCCCACAUUCCCAGUACCAACUCCCGUAAUGAGUCAGAAUCCGUCUCCCACUUUUCCAGUACCAGCUCCCGUGAGAUUCGAACUGUCUCCCCCAUUCCCAGUACCAACUCCUGUCAUGGGUCAGAAUCCAUCUCUCCCAUUCCCAGUACCAACUCCCGUAAUGGGUCAGAAUCCGUCUCCCACAUUUCCAGUACCAGCUCCCGUGAGGUUUGAACUGUCUCCCCCAUUCCCAGUACCAACUCCCGUCAUUGGUCAGAAUCCAUCUCUCCCAUUCCCAGUACCAACUCCCGUAAUGGGUCAGAAUCCGUCUCCCACAUUUCCAGUACCAGCUCCCGUGAGGUUUGAACUGUCUCCCCCAUUCCCAGUACCAACUCCCGUCAGGCUUGGAACCCAUCUCCCACAUUCUCAGCACCUAUUCCCGUCAGGCUCGGAACACAUCUCCCACAUUCCCAGUAGCAGCUCCCGUCACAGGUCAGAACCCAUCUCCCCCAUUCCCAGUACUGACUCCAGUCACGGGUCUGAACCUGUCUCCCCCAUUCCCAGUACCAACUCCUGCGAGGUUCGAACUGUCUCCCCCAUUCCCAGUACCAACUCCCGUCAGGCUCGGAACCCAUAUCCCACAUUCCCAGAACCAACUCCUGUCACAGGUCAGAACCCAUCUCCCACAUUCCCAGUACCAACUCCCGACAGGCUUGGAAAUAUCUCCCCCAUUCCCAGUACCAACUCCUGUCACAGGUCAGAACCUGUCUCCCCCAUUCCCAGUACUAACUCCCGUCAGGCUCGGAACCCGUCUCCCCCAUUCCCAGUACCAACUCCCGUAAUGGGUCUGAACCUGUCUCCCCCAUUCCCAGUACCAACUCCUGUCAUGGGUCAGAAUCCAUCUCUCCCAUUCCCAGUACCAACUCCCGUAAUGGGUCAGAAUCCGUCUCCCACAUUUCCAGUACCAGCUCCCGUGAGGUUUGAACUGUCUCCCCCAUUCCCAGUACCAACUCCCGUCAUUGGUCAGAAUCCAUCUCUCCCAUUCCCAGUACCAACUCCCGUAAUGGGUCAGAAUCCGUCUCCCACAUUUCCAGUACCAGCUCCCGUGAGGUUUGAACUGUCUCCCCCAUUCCCAGUACCAACUCCCGUCAGGCUUGGAACCCAUCUCCCACAUUCUCAGCACCUAUUUCCGUCAGGCUCGGAACACAUCUCCCACAUUCCCAGUAGCAGCUCCCGUCACAGGUCAGAACCCAUCUCCCCCAUUCCCAGUACUGACUCCAGUCACGGGUCUGAACCUGUCUCCCCCAUUCCCAGUACCAACUCCUGCGAGGUUCGAACUGUCUCCCCCAUUCCCAGUACCAACUCACGUCAGGCUCGGAACCCAUAUCCCACAUUCCCAGAACCAACUCCUGUCACAGGUCAGAACCCAUCUCCCACAUUCCCAGUACCAACUCCCGACAGGCUUGGAAAUAUCUCCCCCAUUCCCAGUACCAACUCCUGUCACAGGUCAGAACCUGUCUCCCCCAUUCCCAGUACUAACUCCCGUCAGGCUCGGAACCCGUCUCCCCCAUUCCCAGUACCAACUCCCGUAAUGGGUCUGAACCUGUCUCCCCCAUUCCCAGUACCAACUCCUGUCACAGGUCAGAACCUGUCUCCCCCAUUCCCAGUACCAACUCCUGUCACAGGUCAGAACCUGUCUCCCACAUUCCCAGUACCAACUCCCGUGAGGUUCGAACUGUCUCCCACAUUCCCAGUACCAACUCCCGUAAUGGGUCAGAAUCCAUCUCCCACAUUCCCAGCACCAGCUCCCAUGAGGUUCGAACUGUCUCCCACAUUCCCAGUACCAGCUCCCGUGAGGUUCAAACUGUCUCCCACAUUCCCAGUACCAACUCCCGACAGGCUUGGAACCCGACUCCCCUAUUCCCGUACCAACUCCCGUCAGGCUUGGAACUGUCUCCCCCAUUCCUAGUACCAACUCCCGUGAGGCUUGGAACUGUCUCCCCCAUUCCCAGUACCAACUCCCAUGAGGCUUGGAACUGUUUCCCCCAUUCCCAGUACCGACUCCCGUCACAGGUCAGAACCCAUCUCCCACAUUCCCAGUACCAACUCCCAUGAGGCUUGGAACUGUUUCCCCCAUUCCCAGUACCGACUCCCGUCACAGGUCAGAACCCGUCUCCCCCAUUCCCAGUACCGACUCCCGUCACAGGUCAAAACCCAUCUCCCACAUUCCCAGUACCAACUCCCGUCAGGCUCGGAACCCAUAUCCCACAUUCCCAGAACCAACUCCUGUGAGUUUCGAACGGUCUCCCCCAUCCCCAGUACCAACUCCCGUCAGGCUCAGAACACGUCUCCCACAUUCCCAGUACCAGCUCCCAUGAGGCUUGGAACUGUCUCCCACAUUCCCAGUACCAGCUCCCAUGAGGCUUGGAACUGUCUCCCCAAUCCCAGUACCAGCUCCCGUAACAGGUCAGAACCCAUCUCCCCCAUUCCCAGUACCAACUCCCGUCACAGGUCAGAACCCGUCUCCCCCAUUCCCAGUACCAACUCCCGUCACAGGUCAGAACCCGUCUCCCCCAUUCCCAGUACCAACUCCCGUAAUGGGUCAGAAUCCGUCACCCACAUUUCCAGUACCAACUCCCGUCACAGGUCAGAACCCGUCUCCCCCAUUCCCAGUACCAGCUCCCGUGAGGUUCGAACUGUCUCCCACAUUCCCAGUACCAACUCCCGACAGGCUUGGAACACGUCUCCCCCAUUACCAAUACAGACUCCAGUCACAGGUCAGAGCCCGUCUCCCCCAUUCCCAGUACCAACUCCCGUCACAGGUCAGAACCCGUCUCCCACAUUUCCAGUACCAACUCCCUUGAGGUUCAAACUGUCUCCCACAUUCCCAGUACCAACUCCCGUCACAGGUCAGAACCCGUCUCCCACAUUUCCAGUACCAACUCCCUUGAGGUUCGAACUGUCUCCCACAUUCCCAGUACCAACUCCCGACAGGCUUGGAACACGUCUCCCCCAUUACCAAUACAGACUCCAGUCACAGGUCAGAGCCCGUCUCCCAAAAUUCCCAGUACCAACUUCCGUCACGGGUCAGAAUCUGUCUCCCCCAUUCCCAGUACCAACUCCCAACAGGCUUGGAACUGUCUCCCCCAUUCCCAAUACUAACUCCAGUGAGGCUCGGAACCCGUCUCCCACAUUCCCAAUACUGACUCCAGUCACAGGUCAGAACCCGUCUCCCCCAUUCCCAGUACCAACUCCCGUCAUUGGUCAGAAUCCUUCUCCCACAUUUCCAGUACCAACUCCCGUAAUGGGUCAGAAUCCGUCUCCCACUUUUCCAGUACCAGCUCCCGUGAGGUUUGAACUGUCUCCCCCAUUCCCAGUACCAACUCCCGUCAUUGGUCAGAACCCGUCUCCCCCAUUCCCAGUACCAACUCCCGUAAUGGGUCAGAAUCCGUCACCCACAUUUCCAGUACCAGCUCCCGUGAGGUUCGAACUGUCUCCCACAUUCCCAGUACUGACUCCCGUCAGGCUUUGAACUUUCUCCCCCAUUCCCAGUACCAACUCCCAUCAGGCUUGGAACCCAUCUCCCCCAUUCCCAGUACUGACUCCAGUCACGGGUCAGAAUCUGUCUCCCCCAAUCCCAGUACCAACUCUCGUCACGGGUCAGAACCCGUCUCCCCCAUUCCCAGUACCUUGACUGCAUCCUCUGACUUUGUUUAAAUCCUGCUGUUCCUUCAAUAAAGGCCAUGAGCUCUG